CAGCGCGUCCCCAUAUAAAAGACGAGGUAGCGCUCGCCUCGAUGUCUCUGAGUAACAACCGUGCUGAGUGCUUGUCGUGCACGAGAUGUGUUUGUAGCUCUCCUUAUCUCUUAAGCGCACAUUCUUUUCUGCUCACGGUGUUUGUAGAUUUCCUUCAAAGAGUCGUUUAAGUACCAUCACAUCCCUCCAAGAGCUUGUAACGUUUUCUUUUCAUAUAAAAACUUUAUUAACCUCCUUCCUUCACUAGCUCAGUAGAGCCCCGUAGCUAUCCGGCGAAGACUCGGGACUCCAGGCGACGCGAGCUGCACCCUUUUGAUGCUAUCUAGUAGCAUCCUGCUCAGAAGACAAGGCGUGCCGGACACUGUCGUGGUGUGUGACUCGAUGCGCUGCGCCCUCAGAAUUAUCUUCUUAAGUUAAAAUAAGACAAACGGAUAUUUCACCGAUUUGCAACCUUCUGGAUGCGCACGUUUCGAACUUCUACGAAGACAAGACCCGGUAGCUGACGUGGUGUUUCAAUCGUAUGAAGGGAAAAAGAAGGAGGAAAAAAAAGUCCUUGGGGAUGCGAGUCGAUGAAAUGGAAGCAACACAGCGCAAGUGAAGAAGCGUGAGCCUCCUUUAUGGCUGCCCCUGUAAUGAGACCCAUGGACCCAGAGGGUCAAGUAAAUCGGACACAGGAGGAGCGCUAUGAAUCAAGUUUGUGUUGCACAGUUGCUACGCCUCCACAGUUUGACCACCUGCCUCCGGACCUCGAAGACAGCACAAAGCUGGUGGUUGUGCAAGUCAUUCUCAUAGCGGCUUACAGCAGCAUCAUUCUUCUGGGGGUUAUUGGCAACUCCCUUGUCAUCUACGUUGUUUUUAAGUUCAAGACACUGCGUACCGUCACUAAUUUUUUCAUUGCAAACCUUGCUGUGGCCGAUCUGUUGGUAAAUACUUUGUGUUUGCCUUUCACUCUUAUAUACACAUUACUAGAUGAGUGGAAAUUUGGAAAGGUGUUGUGCUUCAUGGUGCCAUAUGCCCAAGGCUUAGCAGUGAAUGUUUCCACAGUGACCUUAACUGUCAUUGCCUUACAUAGACACCGAUGCAUUGUCUACCACCUGGAAAGCAAAAUGUCCAAGGAAACUAGCUUUAUAAUCAUUGGCUUCACGUGGAUGAUCAGUGCGAUAUUGGCAAGUCCAUUGGCGAUUUUUAGAGAGUAUGAAACAUUUAAUAUCUUUCCAGAAAAAUCUCUUUAUGUAUGUAGAGAAAAAUGGCCUGGCAGCAACCGAGAUGGCACUGUAUAUAGCAUUUCUAUGCUCAUACUCCAGUAUGUUUUGCCUCUUGUCAUCAUCUCCUGUGCCUACAUCCGAAUCUGGAGCAAACUGAAGAAUCAUGUAAGCCCAGGGGGAGGAAACGACAGAGACCACAGACGACGUAAAACAACCAAAAUGUUAGUGACUGUGGUGGUGGUUUUUGCCGUGAGCUGGUUACCAUUUCACGCUUUUCAGCUUGCUUCUGAUAUUGAUUAUGUUUUGGACAUGAAGGAUUUUAAGCUGUUAUUUACAAUAUUUCAUGUAAUUGCUAUGUGUUCUACAUUUGCCAACCCUUUACUUUACGGGUGGAUGAACAAAAACUACAGAAAUGCAUUUAUUACUGUGUUCAAGUGUGAGCAGAGACUUGACUCCAUCCACCCAGAAGCCUUGGUGAAGUUUAGGACAAAAAAAGCCCUGGAGGCAGAAGACAUUGCAAAUGCAAAUGCAAAUGCGAGUGUAACAGACACAACUCGUAUGCACCCAACCAAUGUUUGAAGCCGUUUUGAAGAGCACACAAUAACAAAGGGGCUGUUUCUCUUCUUGAUGAGAUAAAAUUAGAACAAAAAACAACAAGCUCAUCUAUAACCGUCAAACUCAUUCAAAACAGAGCCAUUUAUUUAUGCUCACGGAAAGCUGUUUAAUCAGCCUAAACUGUUGCAGGUCCACAUACCAUCAGCCUUCUAAAUAUUAUUACGCGGAUCUCUGUCUGCAUGUCACGUUGCAUUUGUGUCUGUGUUAUGUCCCUCACCAACGCAGUAACACUUGCCUGUAAUUCUUAGUGAGCUAUUUAGUAAUUGAUCAAGUAAUGCGUAUUAUUUAAUGAAGAAAUCGAGAUAAAUGCACUUUUAUUACAUGCUUUCAUGUGUCAUGUGUAAGCAUAAAUGUUUAUGUAAUUACAAUUACGUGUUAUUUUUUUUGCUAUAUUUUUUCCUUUACUGUAUAAAUAACUUGAACUCUCUGAGGACUGAAUAUUUUUUCCAAAAAACUCAGUUUUCUGAAAAGCACACCAAGCAAUGGUUUCACACAUAC